AUGAAACUUGUAUCUGGCUUAGCAACCAAGGUGAAGGCCAGCAACUUGACGAAAUUCUUUUCUGGUCAUAGAGACCAAAUUGGUGUGCGCUCAGUUCUCUGGCAAUGGCGUUUGGAGUUUACCGUCGUCCUCAUAUCAUGCGCGCUCCUGGGAGGCAUCUUCGGAGUUUUACAUCACAAUCGUGGCCAAGAAGUGGCAGGUUGGUCUUUAUCUGGGAUGAGCCUAAACACAUUGAUAGCUCUACUAUCAGCGUUGCUCAGAGCCCACAUUCUUACUAUUGUUGAAGAAGCCACCUCGACUUCAUCGAUCAAGCCAGCAGAGGGCUCUGGGGUUCAAUCAUACUUCCAGCUCGGCUCCGUACAUGGUUGUGCAGAAGUGAAACUGAUCCGAAGUUUCAGCUCUUACAUCUACGUUGGAUGCUUCAUCAUGGUACUAUCUCUAGGCAUUGGACCAUUCACGCAGCAGGCAUCCAGUACCCAACCUUGCAUCAAGACUGUCACCGGCGCUUCAGCCACAAUACCUUAUUCCUGGACCGGUCUUCAUGUAUUCAAAGGUGGAAAAAGUUAUGUUUCCCCCUGGAUGGUGGAUACGGGGUAUUCUGAGGCUAUUGUUCGUGCAUCUACAAACAGCAGCUCAGUGAGCUCGGCGUCACUGCUUCAGGGUUGUACUACAGGGAACUGUUCAUUUCCUGCCGUCCGUGGAGAUAUUGCCCUUUCGACGCAAGGCAUUUGUUCGCGGUGUAUUGACACUACGAGUUAUGUCAGAUCAGGCAACUCGACUGGGGUCAUACUACCUAAAGAAGCGGGCUCCCUAUACGUUGGAACUGUUGGAUGGACGUCGAACACCAUCGAAUCAAAGGUUUCGGAUGACCUGGAAUGGGCGCGAGCCGAUUUUGAUGACGAUUUACGAGACACUUUCGAAGUAUCCAUUCUCAACUACACGUUUCUGGGCUUGACAUCAGAUGGUUGUCAAUUUGAAAAUAGAACUACAGCGAUUAAGAAUUGUAUUCGGCCCCCUGCCAUCAAGGAAUAUUCGAUACGAGGCUUUAACGUCUACUCGGCAGCUUGCACGUUUUACUUUUGCACGAGGCAUCAUAAAGUUGACGUGAGAAGUGGUGUAUUAACUGAAACGCUCAUCACCGACACUCCUGGGUUUUUUCAACCUGUCGGCACCCCCCGGUUCGGAAGAAAUCACGUCUGGAAGCCAGUUUGUGACGUUGACUCUCAAACUUUGGAUCUCACAUCAGCAAGGACCAUAUCUGUUGGCAACGAGUCAGUUCAGGUUGAGUUGCGUGGACCAGGAACCGAAAAGGUGGAUAUUCCUUGGACCGCAAAUUGCACUGCAUACGUAGGCAACAUGGCAAAGGCCGCCAUUAGGACCGCAUUAUUUCUUAUUGAAGGCGAUUGCCGAUAUUCGUUCAAGGUCGAAAAUCUUGAUACUUUGUCAGAACGGGUCGACUUCCUUCGAUGCGAUCCGUGGAAUAUUUAUGGCCUGUUGAGCGGCGGCCUUGCGUCGUUUUCUACAACUUCCGAGACCAUGAGCAGAAUCGCUACUUCAAUCAGCGACCGUAUGCGUGAAAAAUCAGCCAAGAAUAAUUUCAGGGCCGAUGCUCUCUCAGGACCUGAAGCUGAUCAGCAAGGCGGUUACAUCAAAGGCGAUGUGCAAUAUACUACAAUCUGUACAAGAUUCCAAUGGCGCUGGCUUCUUGGUCCUGCUUUACUUCUGCUUAUGGCAAUUGGAUUCUUUAUUCAUGCUGUAACUCGAUCCGUCAUUCGACGCGGUCACGAACCGCUUUGGAAGAGCUCUAUACUCCCUGCCCUGUAUUUCAAUCCAAAUCCUCAAGGUCAAGGGAGCAAACACAAGUUAUCGGAACUUGAGAAGGGGGCAAAGGGUAAGUUUGUCGCCUUAUCCAUAACGAGUGAGGGCAAAUGGGAACUAGUAGAUGAUUUAGACGAAGUGAGUGGAAGUGGCCAAUCCGACCAGAGCAAUGAGGAUGAGGUAGCCCUUAUGGACUUGCCACCACCUAGAGCACAAGAAGGGGAUGAUGCAAGCAGAUAA